AUGACACGUCGCGGACCUCGUGGCGGGGUGGGGUGCUCCGCUGUGCGCCAUGUAAGGGAAGGUCUCCCGGAUGCCCGCCGAGUCCUGUGCGCGCCCACCCGCCCGCUCCGGCCCCGUGACCACCGGUGCGUCCCGGCGCCCAGUGCCAGGAAGGGCACGCGUGGCACCCACCCCGAGGCUCCAGGGCUCCCACGCUUACUCACGGGGUGUUGCAUCAUGCACCACUCCGCGUCUUCAGGGAAGCAAAAUGGAUUCCGUAUAGGAGACAGCCGCAUGGGCACCGGCCGCGCGCACCGCCCGACCUCCUGCCAGCCCGGCCCGCGCGCCCACCCAGAGAAUGCCAGUGCCCCCCACCCGACCCCACCCCGCGCGCGGACCCCGCGCUGCCCUGCCGCGGCCCCACGCAGCGCCGGGAUCACCCCACCCCACCCCACCCCACCCCACGAAGGUGACCCGGACUCGGCAGGCCGGCCACUCACUGAACCGGCAGGGCGGCAGGAUGCGGGCAGGACCAGGACCCGCCGCUCACACCUGCCCGCGCGGAGUGAAUGGAGCGUGGAGGGCGGGAGGCAUCCGGCGCGCGGGUUUCAUCAGCCGCGCCCCGCGCCCGCCCUCCCCGGCGCCAGCCGCCCCGGCCAGCGGGCCCGCGUCACCACCGGGCACCAAUGGCAGCGCCGCGCGGCCGCGGCUUCGGGGGCCGACCUCGGCGAGGGCGGUGCGCGGGGCGGGGCUCGGCAGCUUCGCGCGCGGGGCCCGGGCCUGGGAUUCCCCCGCGGUGGGCGGUGCUUGCUGACGCGGCGGAGGACGCCCGCCCCUGCCAGCAGCCCCGCCCCCACCCCAGCUUGGACCAAGUUGGUGCGACACCUCCCCGCCCCCAGCCCAGACUGUCCACCCCCGAUCGCGGGCCCCAGCGAGCGGACAAACACCAAGCUCGCGGCCAGUUUGCCUCCUCUUAAAUGA